AUGAAAGCCGCCGGAGGCAAUGAUUUGGGACCGAUUUGUUUCAGGGAUCUGAGCAGUGAGGAUGAGGAUCUGACCGACACUGGAAGCGACUUUGAGGAGACCAUAAGCAAGAGACCCAGGAGACUUCACAGGCCACCUCUGAGAGAUGCCCCGGUCUCCAAGCGUCCCCGGAGAGAGAGGGACAAGGGAAACGCAACCGGAGGGGACUUGUUUGAGGCAAUCAAACAGGGUAAAAGUGCCAUGGAGAUACUUGUGGAUGAAUGGCUGGACAGUUACAAGCUGGACCGCGAGUCUGGUCUUCUGGAACUGAUCAACUUCCUGAUGGAAGCCUGCGGCUGUAAAGGUGUGGUUACUCAGGAGAUGGUGGAGCGCAUGCAGAACGCAGAGAUAAUUCACAAAAUGACGGAAGAAUGUGACGAGGACACGGCGGAUUAUCCUCUGUCCCUCACCUCCCAGCCCUGGAAGAAGUUCCGCCAGAACUUUGGGGAAUUCCUGGAGACCCUCGUGAGCCGCUGCCAGUACAGCAUAAUCUACGACGAGUUUCUGAUGGACGCCUUCAUUUCCUUUGUGACGGGGCUGUCGGACUCCCAGGUGCGAGCCUUCCGCCAUACCAGCAGUUUUGCAGCCAUGAAGCUGAUGACGGGUCUGGUGAAAGUGGCGCGGAAUCUGAGCGUUCACCUUGAAACGAGCCAGCGGCAGUACGACGCAGAGAAGGCGAAAAGGCCCGAGAAGAGAGCGCCCGAGAAACUGGAGACUUUAUUACGGAAACAGAGAGAUCUUCACGGUAAUUUGGAGGAAAUCGGGAACAUGAUGAACGGACUUUUUAAAGGUGUCUUUGUGCAUCGUUACCGGGACGUUGUACCCGACAUUCGCGCCUUUUGCAUGGAAGAACUUGUGAACUGGAUCAGAACCCAUAGCCAGUCCUUCCUGAACGACAGCUACAUGAAGUACGUGGGAUGGACUCUGCAUGACAAGCAGGGACACGUCAGGUUGCAGUGUGUUCGUAGCCUGCAGUCGUUGUACGCUGUGCAGGAGAUGACGGGGAGGCUGGAACUUUUCACCAGCAGAUUCAAGGACCGGAUGGUAUCGAUGGUUUUAGACAAAGAGCAGCAAGUCGCCGUGGAAGCCAUCAAGCUGCUGGAGCUCAUCUCCAAGAACAUGGAGAAUGUAUUAACCAAGGAGGACUGCGAGACCGUCUACCCUUUGGUGUACGCGUCCAACAGGUCUGUUUCCACCUCCGCAGGAAAGUUUCUAUACCACAGGUUACUGGAAACGGAUGACGCGGAGCUAAGUACGAAGGACAGAAGCCGUCGCGCCCCUCACUCUGUGUUCUUCAAACUGCUGGCUGCCUUCUUCAUUGAGAGCGAGCUUCACAAACAUGCCGCGUACCUGGUGGACGGUCUAUGGGAGUGCGCCCGGCCUCAGCUGCGAGACUGGGAGUGUCAGACAGACCUGCUGCUGCUGGAGAUAGACGGUAUGGAUGACAAGCAGGAGAGCGCUCUGAUAGAGAUCUUGGUGUCGUCUCUGCGGCAGGCAGCGGAGGGGACGUCUCCUGUCGGGAGAGUGCCGGCGAGGAAGGUGCCGUCCGCAAAGGAGAAGAAGAUUCAGUCGGAGGAUAAAGUCAGAUUGACGCGACACAUGAUCGUCACGCUGCCCCAAUUGCUGGCAAAGUUUUCAGCAGAUCCAGAGAAGGUGACGCUACUUCUAACGGUUACCUGGUUGCUGGAGCUGGAGAUGUUCUACACGGAGCGGCUUGAGAAGCAUCUAGACCUCUUGCUCAUCCAAGUGAGAGACAUCCUAGAGAAGCACACAGAGACAGACGUGCUUGAAGCAUGUACUCGGGCCUUAUAUGUCCUCUGUAACCAGGAGCAGACUGUGUACAAACAAGCAGACAUCACCCGUAGCCACUUGGUUGACCAACUCACUGACCAACUAUCACAACAGCUCUCAGACAUUCUGCAGGUGUCUGAUCUUGAUGAAGACGAAGUGUACAACAUGGCAGCCACGAUGAAACGGAUCUCAUUUCUGUACAGUUCUCACGACCUGAGCCGCUGGGAGCUGUUUGAGCCGGUCAGCCGCGUCCUGCGUCGGGGAAUAGACACCGGCGAGGUCCCGGAGCAGAUCCUGCUGCCUGCUCUCGCCUGCUGCCACUUCUCUCUGCUGUGGAACCUCGAGCGCUUCUCCAGAUCCAGGCCAUCGCAGGAUGAUCUGGCUGCGCUGCGGCAGAGACUUUGCUUGUUCUGUGAAAUGUGUCAGAGCUGCCUGUCUGAUUACCACGCGGCGGUGAGGGAGCAGGCUUUCGUACUCAUCAGCGAUCUCCUGAUAAUUUUCGGUGGCCACAUGGCUCGCGGGGAGAGAUCUCACCUGCAGCCUCUGGUGUACCGGCCGGACUCGUCUCUCCAGGCUGAGCUGGCGGGGUUCCUCCUGGAUCACGUGUUCAUAGAACCUGAGGAUGAGGAUGGAGCGGACGAGGCCGGCCAGAUCAGCCUCCUGCAUAACCGACGAAACCUCCUGGCCGGCUACUGCAAGCUGGUUGUGUACAGCGUCCUGCAGCUGCACUGGGUCAGCGAUGUCUUCCGCCACUAUGUCAAGUUCUACACAGAUUACGGGGAUAUCAUUAAAGAGACGCUGCACAAAUCCCGCAGCAUCAACAAGGAGGAGAGCACCCGGACUUUACUGCUGAGCCUCACUCAGGCAUACACAGCGCUGUUUCUAGAGGAGAACACGCCGCCUCAGCGCACGUCCCGUUCAUUCUUAGAGAUCCGUGAACUUGCCAGACGAUUCUCCCUGCUCUUCGGACCCAACCAGCUGAGGAACCGCCAGGACGUUGUACUUCUGCACAAGGAAGGCAUUAAAUUUGCUCUGCGGCCUUCCCCGGGAUCCGAGCCGUCGCCCCAGAACCUGAUAUUCCUGGAUGUUCUGAGCGAAUUCUCCCCAAAACUCCUCAAACAGGACAAAGGUUUUCUAUUGCAAUACCUCGAUCAGACGCGCCAGCUGUGCCUCCCCCAGCAGCAGGGGGGCGACGCUGAUGAACUUUGGGCACCCUUCGUGGCGUACCAAAAGUCUCUCCAAGUAGAAAGUGAAAGCUCCCCCACCACCCCGAGCCGCUCCAGGGCCCAGAGGGACAGAGUCAGGAGCCGUCCGCCGGCGUCUCUGGUCACACCGCCCAGCAAGAGGAAGAGGAAGAGCAAAGAUGCUGUCGAGGACUCCAGUGUGAUCACAGAGGGGGGAGGAAAAAGACCGCUGCCGUUAAUGACAUCCACCCUUCUGAAAGAAAGGAAGGCGCCCGCCGGUCCUGCGAGGGAGGAGGGGGAAGAAAGUGCCGACUCGGAGGCAGAAUUUGAGCCAAGUCAGUCUAUUAUUGUCCGCCGCCAUCUUGGGACAUCGAGCUCCUUGGGCCGGCUACAGACCAAGACAGGAACCCCGGGAACGCUGAGCAGCAGCCUCCACCGGCUUACUUUAAUGGAAGAGGAAGACGAGGACGAGGAAAUUGUGAUAGAGGAGGUAGAGAGCAGCUCGCCGUCUCCCGAGGGGGAGGAGAGACCUAUUGACCUGCUGGACUCGGCCAUACUGGACAGUGAGGAUGAGCCGCCAGUGUGAUGAGCCGGCGUGAGAUUGCUUGCCUUGGACAUCGCUUUCUCUACCGACCCGCGUCUGUUUGGUUUGUUAAUUAAAAGUUGACAGU